AUGGCAGCCAAAGGAAAUGGAAGCACCAGUGCUCACUUUGUCCUCUUGGGAUUCUCUGAGCAGGGCCAUGUCCAGGUUGUCCUGUUUGUGGUGCUCCUGGUGCUCCAUGUGAUCACCCUGCUGGGGAAUGCGGGGCUGCUGGUGUUGAUCAGGCUGGUUGCCCAGCUCCACACCCCCAUGUACUUCUUCCUGAGCAGCCUGUCCUUCCUGGAGCUCUGCUAUUCCUCCUGCAUCACCCCCGGGCUGCUCCAGGCUCUCCUGCAUGAGGACAAGGCCAUUUCCCACACAGAGUGCCUCAUGCAGUUCUAUUUCUACGUGGCCUUCGCCACCACCGAGUGCUGCCUGCUGGCUGCCAUGGCCUACGACCGCUGCGUGGCCGUCUGCCCUCCCUGCUCUACCCUUGUCCAUGUCCCGAGGUGUUCUGGGCAGCAUGCCAAGGUCUCCAAGCCCCCCGAUGGGGUCUUUGGCAACUCUGGACACCUGGAGGGAUGUACUGAGUUCCGACACCGAGGGAUCUGUGCAUGUCUGGUGGCCGGCUCCUGCCUGGCUGGGGUCACCAACGCCGCCCUCCACACAGGCCUGGCCCUCAGGCUGAGCUUCUGCGGCCCCAUCGACUACUUCUACUGCGAGGGGCCCCCGCUCUUCGCCCUCUCCUGCACGGACCCCGCGCCCAACAAGCUGGGCAUGUUGCUCAUGGCGGGAUUCAGCCUGGCUGCCACCGUCCUGGCCAUCCUCCUCUCCUACGCCCUCAGCCUGGCUGCCACCAUCCUGGCCAUUCUGCGGGCCGCAGGGAAGCGCGAGGCCUUCUCCACCUGCGCCUUCCGCCUGGCUGCCGUGGCGCUCUUCCACGGAUCCCUGGUGUCCAUGUACUGCCAGCACAGCUCCAGCAGCUCCCGGCAGCCAGACAAGGUGGCCUCUGUGUUCUACACCAAGGUGAUGCCCAUGCUGAACCCCUUCAUCUACAGCCUGAGGAACCAGGAGGGGAAGGCCGGGCUCUGGAGGCUGAUGGGGAGGAAACACUCAGUGAAAAAUAGAAUUUAA